ACAUAAAUGUGACCAACAGCACAAGCAUCUCAAUUUGAAUCCACAAAGUUUUGGAUAAUGAAAAGGAAUACAUAAUUUUAAUUCAACCCAAGUGUUUUCCAAGCAGAUUAUAUUUGCUUAAAUUGCUACAGUAAUUCAAGGACAGCCUUGUCUGGACACACAGUUACUGUGGAUUUUUAAGAGACUCAGUUAAAGAAUUUAGGAAUAUCUGAUUCAAUUUACAGGAUUUGCAAAUUCAUCAACCCCUGAAAACUAAAGCAAACUCAACAGGACAAAAAAAGAACAUGGGCUUUUUAAGUCCAGCAUGUGUCCUCUUCCUCUUUUUUGGAGUCAAAGUAUAUUGCCAAUAUGAAAAUUAUCAAUGGGAUGAAGAUUAUGAUCAAGACCCAGAUGAUGUCUACCAACCAGAAUUCCAAUUUCAUCCAAAUGAGGACUUUCAAAUUCCUUUUCAUCAGCAUGUGUUAGGCUGUGCCACUGAAUGCUUCUGUCCACCCAAUUUUCCAUCAUCAAUGUACUGUGAAAAUCGCAAACUCAAGACUAUCCCGCGUGUCCCAGCACACAUACAGCAGGUCUACCUUCAAUUCAAUGAAAUUGAGGCUGUGACUGCAGAUUCAUUCAUCAAUGCAACUCAUCUUAAAGAAAUCAACCUCAGCCACAACAAAAUUACAUCUCAAAAGAUUGAUCACGGUGUGUUUGCUAAGUUGUCAAAUCUACUACAACUUCACCUACAGCACAACAAUCUAGAAGAAUUUCCAUUUCCUCUCCCUAAAUCUUUGGAAAGACUUCUUCUUGGCUACAAUGAGAUCUCCAGGUUGCAGACAAAUGCCAUGGAUGGGCUAGUAAACUUGACAAUGCUUGAUCUCUGUUAUAAUCAUCUUGAGGAUUCCAUGUUACAAGAAAAAAUACUUGCCAAAAUGGAAAAAUUAAUGCAGCUCAACCUAUGUAAUAACAGAUUAGAAUCAAUGCCUCCUGGUCUGCCUUCUUCGCUUAUGUACCUGUCUUUAGAAAAUAAUUCAAUUUCUUCUAUACCAGAAAAUUACUUCAAUGAACUUCCCAAACUUCAGGCUCUACGAAUGUCACACAACAAACUACAAGACAUCCCAUAUAAUAUUUUUAAUCUUUCCAACCUUAUAGAGCUCAAUGUUGGACACAACAAACUGAAGCAAGCAUUCUAUAUUCCAAGAAAUUUACAACACCUAUACUUAGAAAAUAAUGAAAUUGAAAAUAUCAAUGUUACAGUGAUAUGUCCAUCUGUUGACCCACUGCAUUACCACCACUUAACGUACAUUCGUAUGGACCAAAAUAAGCUAAAAGAGCCAAUAAGCUCAUACGUUUCCCUCUGCUUCCCUCAUAUACACACUAUUUAUUAUGGUGAGCAAAGAAGCACUAAUGGUCAAACAAUACAACUGAAGACCCAAGUUUUCAGGAGAUUUCAGGAUGAUGCUGAUAGUGAAGAACAUGAUGAUCACCAAGAAGGUCCAGAACAAGAAGCAACAGAAGAAAACACUGACCCUCACUAUUAUGGAAGUCAAGAAUGGCAAGAAACAAUAUAGAUACACGUUUACGAUUUUAUACAAUAUUAUUAUUCAAUAUUAAUUUAAUUAAACAUGGAAGGCUCACAGUAAUGUAUCUAGAAUCACGUAUAAGAUCAGACUGAAUUUAAGUUAACAUUUGCAUCAUUACAUAGGAUUCAAACUUACUUAAAAUGACAUA